AUAGCUGAGCCAUCUGGGCAACAUUGUGAAAUGUUUAUGCCCUGAAUUGCUGAUAAAAUGUGUCUGGCUAACAGGCUCACAGAGACACUGCAAGCAGCAAGAGCUAUAAAUUAAAUUGUCACUGCUUGUCUUUCCAAGUCCCGAUUGGAGGUGAAACUUAAGACCACAUUUGAUGUGCUUCCCCAUCCCCCACUCUGAAAAGACUGAAGGACUUGGAAAUGGCUCCUGACAGCAACUUUAGUUAUAAUAAAUAAGAGAGAUUGGAAAAGUGUAGUCAUGGUUGGGAUGUCUCUGUAGCUGAACAGCAACAAACAGCAGUAGAAAGAAAAGUAGACUUCUUUCGGAGAGUUUUGUUAAUCUGUCCUGAUGGAAGGAGAGGCAGCUGGGAGUUCAGUGCCAGCCAGCAAGACAGCAGCCGGCAAAAUUAUCCGGAUAGCCCUUGGUGUGUUUGUAAGCAGCACGGUUGUGCUUGGCAUUGCGCUUUUCCUGGCUUGCCAAGGCCUUAUAAAAUUUCAUCCUAAGCAAGAGGUUUGCUUGACUUCUGAAUGCAUUGAAGCAGCUGCAGCCAUCAUGAACAAGUUAAACACAUCAGUGGAUCCCUGUGAUAACUUUUUCCGGUUUGCAUGUGAAGGAUGGAUACAGAACAAUCCCAUUCCUGAAGAUUCCUCAAGUCAUGGAAUUUAUCCUUGGCUGAGGCACAAUGUAGACCUCAAAUUGAAAGUCCUCCUUGAGAAACCUCUGAGCAAAAGGCGGGAUAGUGAAGCAGUACAGAAGGCCAAAAUACUUUAUUCUUCAUGUAUGAAUGAGCAUAAGAUAGAGAAGGCUGAUGCAAGACCUCUCUUAAACUUGCUGAAACAUUCUCCUUUCCGCUGGCCUGUGCUGGAAUCAAAUCUUGGGCCUGAAGGAUUGUGGUCAGAAAGAAAGUUCAGCAUGCUCCAGACCCUGGCUACUCUUCGUGGCCAGUAUAGCAGUUCUGUUUUCAUCCGACUAUAUGUGGGUUUUGAUGAUAAGAUCUCUAACGAACACAUCAUAAAGCUAGACCAAGCAUCACUCUCUUUAUCAGCACGGGAGGACUACCUGGAGAACACAACAGAAGCUAAAUCUUACAGAGAUGCCCUUCUGCAAUUCAUGGUGGAUACCGCUGUGUUUUUGGGUGCCAAUGCUUCACGUGCUGAGAUGGACAUGAAGUCUGUGCUUAAACUGGAAGUAAAAAUUGCUGAGAUAAUCAUUCCACAUGAGAAUCGAACCAGUGAAUUAAUGUACAACAAAAUGAACCUAUCAGAGCUUAGCACCAUGAUCCCACAGUUUGAUUGGCUGGGGUAUAUCAAGAAGGUAAUUGACACUAAGCUAUACCCUCAUCUUAAGGAUAUAGAUGCUUCAGAAAACGUGAUUGUUCGUGUGCCCCAGUACUUCAAAGAUUUAUUCAGAAUCCUAGAAAGUGAAAGGAAAAAGACUAUUGCCAACUAUUUGGUAUGGAGAAUGGUUUAUGCAAGAAUAUUUAACCUCAGUCGACGUUUCCGAUAUAGGUGGCUGGAAUUUUCAAGGAUAACCCAGGGAACAACUUCCUUAGAACCUCAAUGGGAUAAAUGUGUAAACUUUGUGGAAAGCGCUCUUCCUUAUGUUGUUGGCAGAAUGUUUGUAGAUCUUCAUUUCCAAGAAGACCAGAGGGAAAUGAUGGCAGAACUGACUGAAGGGAUUCGUUGGGCUUUUAUAGACAUGUUGGAAAAGGAAAAUACAUGGAUGGAUUUAGAAACACGAAGAAAAGCAAUCGAAAAGGCAAAAGCUGUCAUGGCAAAAGUGGGUUACCCAGAGUUUAUAAUGAAUGACACAUAUAUUAAUGAAGUCAUCAAAACAAUGAAGUUUUCAGAAGCAGACUAUUUUGGCAAUGUACUUCAGACUUACAAGCAUGCGGCACAGUCUGAUUUCUACUGGCUGAGAAAAGAAGUUCCAAAAACAGAGUGGUUUACUAGUCCAACUACAGUCAAUGCCUUUUAUAGUUCAUCUACAAAUCAAAUCAGAUUUCCAGCAGGAGAACUCCAGAAGCCUUUCUUUUGGGGAGCAGAGUAUCCCAGGUCUUUAAGCUAUGGUGCCAUUGGAGUAAUUGUUGGGCAUGAGUUGACCCAUGGAUUUGAUAACAAUGGACGUAAAUACGACAAGAAUGGAAAUUUGGAUCCUUGGUGGUCUUCAGAAUCAGAAGAAAAUUUUAAAGAGAGAUCAAAAUGCAUGAUCAAUCAGUACAACAACUAUUACUGGAAGAAAGCUGGCUUGAAUAUAAAAGGAAAGAGGACGCUGGCAGAAAACAUUGCAGAUAAUGGAGGCUUGCGAGAGGCUUUCAGGGCAUACAGGAAGUGGAUCGAAGAAAAGAGACAAGGAGAUGAAGAGGCCCUAUUACCAGGCAUUGACUUCACCCACAAUCAGCUCUUCUUUCUGAGUUACGCUCAUGUGAGAUGUCAUUCCUUUAGACCAGAAGCUGCCAGAGAGCAAAUCUACACUGGAGCUCACAGUCCUCCUCAGUUCAGAGUUAUUGGUGCCAUGAGUAACUUUGAAGAAUUCCGGAAAGCUUUCAACUGCCCAGGAAACACUACAAUGAAUCGAGGGGCAGACUCCUGUCGGCUCUGGUAGCUAGUUCCCUGGAAUCCUGGACUGAAAUAACUCCCUCCUUUCAACUAUGCCAAGCUGUUGAU